GAGGAGGAAGAGAAAAUGGCCGCACAUUUGACUGGAGGACGAGUGAACAUUGGUUUGUUACGCGAGGCUGCUCGUCGAGAAUUGCUCAGUUGUCUUGAUGAAUGCGAAGGAAGCAAGGCUUUGGUGUGGGAUGAUGAAUUAACAGGGCCUUUUGGUUUGAUUGCCGAGUACUCUCUGUUGAAGGAGCAUGAAGUCGAUGCAAUGUUUGCACUUGCGCCUGGCCGUCUUCCGAAGAAUUCCGUCCAACAUAUCGUGUUUAUUACCCGAGCAAAGGUCUCGCACAUGGAAAUAAUUGUAGACAAUGUUUUAGCCGAAGAGAAGGGUCAAACAAACAAGAAAGAUUAUACUGUCCUGUUUGUGCCCAGAAAAACAUUACUUUGUGAAAACUAUCUCACGCAAAGUGGUGUGGGUUUCAUUGCAAUGAGGGAAUAUCACUUGGAUCUGAUACCAUUUGAAAAUGAUUUGCUCAGUUUAGAAAUGGAAAGUGCUUUCAAGGAAUGCUAUUUAGAAAAAGAUGCAAGUGUGCUCUAUCAUGUCACAAAUUCAUUGAUGAAAAUUCAAGCAUUGUAUGGGAUCAUACCAAAAAUUUAUGGCAAAGGGGAAUUGGCGAAGGGUACAGUUGAUAUGAUGUUGAGAAAAAGAGGGGAAGUUCUCAAUUCAAAAUAUCAAAUAUCAUCUCAGAUUGAUUGUCUGUUGCUCAUCGACAGAAAUAUUGAUCUUCUGACACCAUUAUGUACGCAACUUACUUAUGAAGGACUUAUUGAUGAGAUCUAUGGAAUUCAGAAUACUACAGCGAAAUUUCCUCCUGAGAAGUUCCAGGUUCCUGAUGACAAAAAAACAGGUCCACCCCAACCAGCCCAGGCGCCAGGCCCCAAGAAGAUUCUGCUUAAUUCUGCUGAUCAACUUUACAAUGAAAUACGAGACUCGAACUUCUUGGCAGUUGGCCCGGUUCUAAGCAGGAAAGCAAAGAAAAUUAGCGCUGCAUUUGAGGAACACAAGGGAGCCAAAACAGUCAGUGAAAUGAAACAGUUUGUGCAUAAGCUUCCUCACAUACAAGCUGCAAAAUAUUCUCUAGCAACUCACACCAGCAUAGCUGAGCUGAUUAAAGACCACACAGAUACUGAAUCAUUUCGGGAAAACCUCCAAGUACAGCAUGAGUUCAUCAGUGGCAUUGAUACUGAUAAAGUGAGUCCAUAUAUUGAAAAAUUGAUCGCUGUGAAGGAGCCUUUGGUCAAGGUUCUCAGAAUAUUAUGUAUUCAGUGUCUUACGAAUAAUGGUUUCAAACCAAAAGUAUUGGAGUACUAUAUGAGGGAGAUUAUCCAGACGUAUGGCACUGAUCUCUUUUACCGUGCGAUAACACCACUGGAUGCUGCAGGACUUUUAAAAGCAACAACUGCUCGUUAUUUCCCCACACUUCGAAAAUCAUUUCAUCUUGAUGUGCGAGAUGUACAAGAACAGCACCCACGUGAUAUAUCCUACACGUACUCAGGCUACGCUCCGCUCAGCAUACGGUUGGCUCAGCACGCAGCAAGGCCUUCUGGUUGGAGAGGAAUUGAAGAGGUACUAAAGUUGUUACCUGGUCCAACGAUAGAUGAGAUUCAACACUUACCUCGUGGUUUGCACAAACGUGGUUCAUCGCUCAGUGGUAAUUCGGAGUCAGGUGAUGGUCCUCAGAAAGUCACCCUGGUCUAUUUCAUUGGCGGAUGUACAUACGCUGAGGUCGCUGCAUUGCGAUUCUUAUCCCAGCAAGAUAAUGCGCCGACGGAUUACAUAAUCGCAACGACAAAGAUGAUUAAUGGUAACACGUUACUCGAAUCAAUCAUUGAACCAAAACCAGAAGAGAGUUCAAACCCAUUCAUGUAACCCACAAUGCAUUCAACAAGAAUUAACAAUCUCAUUCAGAAACCGAAUUAUUUUUGUCUGUACAAUAAUAUAAUUAACAGUAGCGUUAGUUGAAAUAAAUUA